ACCGCGACGAUUUCCCAGCAGGCCUCAGAGUAGCAUUCCGCGCCAUGGGAACUUGGCAUCGUCUGUUGAGUUUUGGUGGUGUGGUACUGCGGGGUAGUGGCGGAGCCGCUACCCCGCUUGGGAGAAGCCAAGCGUUGGUUUGUAGGCGCCAGUUAUCUGAUGCUGACAGUGGAACCUUAAAACGAAGAACACAAAUUAUGUCCCGAGGACUUCCAAAGCAGAAACCGAUUGAAGGUGUUAAACAAGUUAUAGUUGUGGCUUCUGGAAAGGGUGGAGUUGGAAAGUCUACCACAGCAGUGAACCUUGCACUUGCAUUAGUGGCCAAUGAUUCGUCAAAGGCCGUUGGUUUGUUAGAUGUGGAUGUGUAUGGCCCUUCAAUUCCAAAGAUGAUGAAUCUAAAGGGAAAUCCAGAAUUAUCACAGAGCAACCUAAUGAGGCCUCUUUUGAAUUAUGGUAUUGCUUGUAUGUCUAUGGGCUUCUUGGUUGAUGAGACUGCGCCAGUUGUUUGGAGAGGCCUUAUGGUGAUGUCAGCCAUUGAGAAACUAUUGAGGCAGGUAGAUUGGGGUCAACUGGAUUAUCUAGUUCUUGACAUGCCACCAGGAACUGGAGAUGUACAGUUAUCUGUCUCACAGAAUAUUCCCAUAUCAGGUGCUGUGAUUGUCUCCACACCUCAGGAUAUUGCACUGAUGGAUGCACACAAGGGUGCUGAGAUGUUUCGAAAAGUCCACGUGCCUGUUCUUGGCCUUGUCCAAAACAUGAGUGUUUUCCAGUGUCCAAAAUGUAAACACAAAACUCAUAUUUUUGGUGCUGAUGGUGCAAGGAAACUGGCACGGACCCUGGGUCUUGACAUCCUAGGAGACAUUCCCUUACACCUUAAUAUAAGAGAAGCUUCAGAUGCAGGCCAGCCAAUUGUGUUUUCACAGCCUGAAAGUGAUGAGGCCAAAGCGUACCUGAAGAUUGCUGUAGAAGUGGUAAGAAGAUUGCCACCACCUCCAGAAUGAUUCCCCAAGUGUCCUGGAAAUUUUCCUCAUAUUGAAAAUAAGAGGACCUUUGGAAAUCAGCAAUGUGGUAGUGAAACCUACAGAAAUAAUAGCAAUCAUAAUUGUUUUAUUUUAAAGGAAAUAAUAUCUUGUUUUAGAUUUGAUUUGCUAAGCUAUGACUCAUGAAAUUUUGUGUUUAAAUGCUGCCUGCUAUAUUUAGGAAUAUUUUUGAAAGCUAAUGUAUACCACCUGUGCAGAACUGCAUUUUAUUUUUAUUGAAUUACCUCUGGGGAAUCAUGAGUUCAUGAUGUCAGAAGCCCAGUUUGUGACAGAAGGGCACUCUUUUUGCAGGACCACAGAGUUAGUCAGUUAAAAGAAUCACUAAAUUUGUGUGUAUGGACAUAAAAGUAUGACACUCCACAACAGGAAUUUUGGUGUGGCUUUGAAUCCUGUCUUUAGGCCUAUCUUGAACAUGUACUUAAUAUGGAUGAACCUCUGCUGCUUCACUGGAUCAACCCCAGACUUAAUGAACCUGAAUCUCCAGAGGUGGUGCCUGGACAUGCGUGUUUUUAAUAAGAUCAUGAUGCUGUUGAUGAUGAUACUGAUUAUAAGGGCAAAAAUAAUAAUAGCCAACUUUUAUAGUGUUUUCUAUGUGUCUUUAUAGAUAAUUUUCCACUUGUAUGCGAGGGAUGCUAUCAUUUCCAUUUACAGAGGAGGAAACUGAGGUAUGAGAAGGUUCAGUGUCUUGCUGAGGGUUAGCGUAUCCUGCCAGUGAUGGAGCUAGGAUUUGAACUUGAAUAGUUGGAUAUCAGAUUCUUCCUUUUCCACACCAUCUGUUAAUUUCAAAAUUAAAAAAAAAGUGGGAGAAGGGAUUUAGCUUUUCCUUAAACUUAUUUGGCCAUGAAAUCCAUCUCCUUUUUUAGAAGCAUUUCGUGAAGUUUAUGUUUCAAAGAAUACACUUUGAAAAAUAUAAUUUAAGCCUAGAGACAGAGACAAGGACUUGCAAGGUCAGGUAGUAGAUAGUUAUAAAACUGUAAGUACUGAUAAGCAUCAGUUAUAAGGAAAUAGUCUCUAUCUCUGGCAAAUGCCUUGGUGUCUUUUGCACUAUAGUUAUUAGCCAGAACAUUAGGCAAAGAGUUGCACGUCAUUCUAAACAUAUUUUUACACAAAUACUGUAAAUUGAUGUUUAUAGCAGCUUUAUGUGUAAUAACCAAAAGCUCAGGGAUUUUCUUUAAUAGGCGAAUAAACUGUGCUACAUCGAUACCAUGAAAUACUACUCAGCAAUAAAAAAGAGAAAAAACUAUGAUACAUGCAACAACCUGGAAGAAUUCCAGAGAAUUGUACUGAGUGAAAAAUCCAAUCUCAAAAGUUAUGUACCAUAUGAUUCCAUUUAUAUAACAUUCUUGAAAUGACAGAAUUAUAGAAAUGGAGAACAGAUUCGUGCCAGCUGUGUUAAAGAAGAGGUGAGGUUGGGAGGCAAUCAGGUGUAGCUAUAAAAGCAACAUGAGUGAUACUUGUGAUGAUGGAAAUGUAUCCUGGCUUUCUCAACAUCAGUGUCUUAAUUAUUAUAUUGUACUAUAGUUUUGCAAGAUGUUGCCAUUGGGGGAAAUUGGAUAAAGGGCACACAGAAUCUCUGUAUUAUAUUUUACAACUGCAUGCAAAUCUACAAUUAUCUUAAAACAAAAAUAAAUGUUUAAAAAAAUGUACUGCUACAUCUGAACUGGAAUUUCCUUAUAAAAAUUAUCUACACUGAUAAAUAUGAAUAAAAUUCUUU